UGUCGUGUCGACAGCAAUUAAGGAUGUGAACUUCAUCAUCGGGCCGUCAAUGACGACAAAAAUUAUCUGACCCCAUCGGAAAAUGCGGUCACAGGCAUCAAAAACUUUGAAGAAGGGAGUUGUAAGCAAAACAGCUUUCAAGGCACGAUCCAAUACUAAACAAGUCAAGAAAAAACUCGUGAUACCCAAAAAGGGAAAGAAUUUGGCGAAUAAAACCAUAUCGAGAAACGCUAAAAAGACAUUAGAAGAUGCUAUCCACCAGAAAGAUGAGGAUGAAUCUUCUAAUUCAGAUAAAAGCUAUAGCUCUGAUUCAGCAAAAGCGGGAACAUCAAAAGCUAGUUCAUCGCGUAGUGAGUCGCCUACUAAAAAGACAAAAAAGGAUUCCAAGGAGAAAAAGGAGUCUCCAAAAGGGACAGCAAGUAUAAAGAAAGUUUUGGCAAAAAAAUGUCCUAAAAAACCCAAAUCCCCACCAAAAUCUAAAUUAAUAACGGCAACACAGGGGGAUGACAAUGAUAAUAUUAAGUACAAAAUUAAUUCUUCUUUACCCAAAAAGCUAACAUCGAAAGUUGCUAAAGCUAAAGCGCUUUUAAAGAAAUCUAGUGGAAUACAAAAAAAGAAAACUACACCUGCAACUAAACUCGAAGGAUCAGAUAAAGAUGACAAAAAGGACGAAAUUAUGUCUCAAGAAUCUAAAAGUAAGGAAUACGGGGAAAACAGUAAAGAGAUAAUUGCCGAUUCUAAAAAUGAGGCUGAAAACCCCUAUGAUGAAAAACCCGAUGAUAAAGAAUGUUUCAAUAAUAGUGGCUUAGCGAGUACUUUUCCGAAAACCUCUGCGUUAAAUUCGACUGAAACAUCACCUAAAAUUGAAGUCGAAAGGCCCCCUAAAUUUUUUACUUCUAGUCGACCGCCACGAACAGUUGAUAUUGAUGUCAAAUGUUUUAAAAACUCUAAAGGCAGCCUUAGCGUUUCUGAAAGAUUUUUGUCAAUGAAGUGCGAAACAAAGACAGACGAAAACACUAAGGAAAAGAGCGUCUUAAAUACAUUGGUGACACCUGGUCCUGAAAUUGAUGUCUAUACAUUUACCGAAAAAGUAGAUUCCCCUAAAAGUAUAUUGUCAGGCUUCCGAAGUCCUGUAAAUAAGAAUGUAGGUCGGGUGCGUCCGAUUGCUAGAGUAAAAGGAACUAUUAUUGACAAAAAAGAAUUAGAGAAAAAGAAGUACUCGCCCCAUCGCCCUAUCGAAGAAGUUGUCAAACAACUAAAGGCCAAGAAAGGUAAUGAAGAGCUAAAUACUGUUCAAAUUGAUGCAAUCUCAAACUUAGCUGUAUCUGCAGUUGAUAGUAUAGACAAAGAAAUUGAGGAAAAACCAAUAGUCAGUAAGUCUUACAAAAUGGUGGCACGUAAAUCCAGUAUCACAGGAAAACCAUUCAGUCCAAUUAAAUUUCUUGAUCAAGAGCCUGUAAUAAAUAAGAGUGACAAAGAAAAAGCUCUUAAAACAUCCCCACCUACUAAGAAAACAACUUCUAAACUGAAAAAGUCAAAUAAGAAAAGUAGCCUAUCAGAUGAAGAUAUAGAUACAUCUAAAUUUGCUCUUAACACUAAAUCAUUCCAUUAUACAUCAUCGGAUGAAAGUCACAGUGAAUCAAACGAUGACCAUGACUCAAAAGACUCCUCUGGUUCGGAUUCACCUAAGAGCAAGAAAACUAAAGCUAAGAAAUAUAAACGCAUUACUGAUGGGGCUAAGAAAAAUACUUCCAAGGAAUUAAAAGAACUUUCUAAAGAUUCUCUCAUUGACCUAAAAGAUGAAUCUAUUUUACUGGGAGGCGAAAAACCCAGUAAAAGGAGACUAAAACUAUUAUCUAUGUGGUCGGGGCCUAAAAAGCACAGAAUGGCUUCACUUAACGCCAUUGCUAAAGUACACUGUCUCUACGAAAAUGAAAGUAGAACACAUAUGGAGUUAGGUCUUAUGAAAACCAUUGACAGGCCUGUGCUACCUAGUACAUCUAAAGCCACUACAAUUAAAAAGAAAGAAACAAAACCAAAAGAGAUGAAUCAAGGAGAGACCACAUCUGAAUCUGAUUACGACAGUAAGAAAGACAAUAAAAAGGAAGAUAGUUCAGAGAGCUCAGAUGAUAAUCCACCAGUCCAACGAUCUUUACGAGGAGUGCCUGGAAUAAGAAGCGCUGGGAAAUAUUGGGAUCCCAAAUCGUCAACCUCAUCAAGCGAAGACAGUGAAUUAGAAUCUAAAAAGAAAACUGUCAAUGUUGACAAGAAGAAAUCCACUCCUAAAGCAUCAUCAAGCAAAUCUGAUACAGAAAAACCUCCGGCCAAAAUGAAGAAAACUGCCGGAGUGCCUGUAAAAAAGAAACGAAAUCGAAAUGAAGUCGUGAUGGAUCUAAAAGACAUGGUUGUACAAAAAAGAAUGGCGAGUCUAAAUGCCACCGCUAUAUUGGCAGCCAGUUACGAAAAACGAUCACCUAAAUCUAGCAAGGACGACACGACGUCGGAUUCUUGUAGCGAUGAGUCUUUUUCUCAGAAGCCAAAAAACGGGGUAAGUUCCGGCGUUAAGUCGGAAGCAAAAAACGAAGAAACUAAAAAGGAAAAAGACGAUACAACAACAAAGGAUAGGAAGCAAAAGGUCGAAGUGAUUGUGAACCAAGAUACUGACGUCACAAUUACCGGAGUUUAUUCGACACACCAUCACGAAGGCUUCUGUACCGUUUCUGGGAUGCAAUAUCGUAUAUCCUCAACCAGUCACACCCAGACAACGGCAACUGCAAAUUGCGACAAGGAGGGCUGUUCCCGUGAAGAUGGGGCCCGCUACACGCCCCUCUCAGCCCUGUCGUCCAUGCAGCCUCCGGCCGAACACGUCCACACUCAUCCGCAUCCAGUGACCGAGCUUGGAGGGCUGGCGCGCCGAGCUGCGGGUUGCAGCGCCUUCUCCGCGCCCUCGCCGGCUGCUCACCAUGAACCAGGAUACUACCAGCCGGCCGGACCGCUGAUCAAGGAGGCUGCUGGCGACACAGAGCGCGCGCUCGCGCGGUACCACCCCCCGCCGCAUUACCACGCCCCGCACCCACCGGUACUUCAGCAGUAUGGGCCUUACUACCCAUCUGCUGAUCUCUGCUAUCAGUACUAUAGGCCGCCGGGGCGCUACCAUCUGCCGCCGCCGCAGCCCGACACACCGAUGGUGGGAGUCGCCAGCGAUUCGUAUCCUCCGCCACAAUACUACGGCCAGCCGCCUUGCUACCAGCACUCACCACAGAGGAUACCAUAUGUCGAAUACCGCGGAUGCCCGUGCCCAAUCAACGCGUGUCCAAAAAACGUCCUUAUUGGGCCCGCUACUGGUAAAGCCCCUACCGGUGGCGGCCCGGCAGACGUCCCACCUGCCCUCGCGCCGCCCGGGGGCGCCUUCCGAGCGAAGGUGCGGGCGUGCGCGCUGGACGCCGUGUCCGACACCCACGGCAGCGGAAAGGAUCCGCCUCUAGAACCAGAGCCGCCGGCAGCAGCCGACGCUCCGCACCCGUGUCCCGUGCCAGCCAUCGGCGGCGCCUCGCCCAAGCGGGAGUUCGAGGUGCGCGACGCGCUCCGUCUGCCUCGGGAGCUGCCCGGCCCCUCGCCCGGGCCGCCGUCGCCCGCGCGCGGCUCGGCCGGCGCGUGCGCCCCGCAGCCGCCCCCCUCGGCGCCGCGGCGCGCAAGGCUCGGCAAAGCCAUGGCUCGCCGCUCCCUCGCCGGCGACGACACCGGCUCGCUCCUCCGACCGCCGACCGCGUCACACAGCGACGCCGACGAUGACGUGCUCGCUAUCUCCCCUCCUCUCUGCGUUCCCAUCGAUCUGUCCUCUUCCGAUGAACGAACGACGCCUCUAGUCGAUGUUAAGAAGGAAAACGAGGGCCCGACUUAUUCCCCGCCGCGAAAGGCGGAGACGCUCGCCCUGCGAGAACACAAUAUGGCCUUGAUAGAGGCGGCCGCGGCACCCGAUGCGCCCGAGACGGUCAAGCGGAGAUACUCCAGACCGAAGCUGGAGAUUGAAAUGAAAGACGCGGAACUAGAAGAUCCUUGCCGGACGAACGGCAUUGGCGAACAUGUGAAACUCCAGAAGCGCAGAAAGGUCUCGAGCGAACAGACCGAGACGCGCGUCGAGACGGUCACGAGAGAGCCUAAGAGGAAGACCCAGAAGCCGAGGCGAACACCCAAAACGCCCGCCGCGGAGAGAAAAUCUCUAAAGAGGAAGUCGGAUAAGUCUGCGGAGGAACCGGAGGCAAAGAAAGCCGUCGUGGAGCACUCUGCCGUCAGCGACGACCCGCGGCUUAAGAACGUGGCUGCACUUCCGGAAGAUACCGUCGCGAUGAAGCCCAAAAUUAAAAGUGCCGUGCUGCUCGAUAAUUUGUUAAGGAAAAAUAGUAUUGAUAGGUUGGACGCGAAAGGAUACGGCUCCGACAAGGAGAUCAAUCCCGCUGAACUAUUCUUUUCACCGAGCGAAAAUAUUGCGCAAACAAAAAAGACAUUAAAUAUCAAUAAUAAUAUUGUGGAUACCAAUGGUACCGUCAAUGGCGUUAGGUCCACGGGAUCGCCCGUGAUAGAGAAAAAAGUAACCAAGAAAGCGUGUAAAAUAGAGAAAAUUGAUUCUAAAAUAACGCACAAUUUAAAAUCAGUAUUAAAACCCACCGAGAAACAGGAUUACGAGGAGGACGCUAAAGUGCCAACAAAGUGUGAAACCGAAAAGAAUAGUACCGUGGUCUCUGGCGAAGCAACUCUAACAGAGGCCGCAAAGGACAAAAGUGAGGCCGAUAAAGACAAAAGUGAGUCCGCUAAGGACGAUAGUGUCAGUGUUAGUAAUAAAGUUCCCGAAGUGAAGAAAGCGGUAAAGAAGCCUGAGGCCGUUAAAGAGGAUGCCCCGAAGGAGGCUGAGAAGGAAACCGAUAAGGAAGGGGCCAAGGAGGUUCCGAAGCCGGUGAAGCGAUGCAAGCUCGUCGACAAGGCUGUGGGAGAAAAGGUGAAACUGUUCGCAAAGAAGCCCGUGAUCAAGACCGACGAGGCGGCGCUCCUGGUGGAGGACGCGUGCGCGUCGCCGACGCCGAGCGCGGGGCGGCCGCGGCGCGUGCGGCGGCGCCGCUCGCUGGCGGGGACGCGCCGCCGCCGCGCCGUGGCGCCGCUGCCUGAGCUGGCGCUGGAGCCGCGCGCGCCGCCGCGCUGGAGCAACGGCUGGACGUGGGACGGCGAGGAUCACAUCUCUAAAGUCUACCUCAAUAACGACAGCCGGCUGGACCGCACGGCGCGCUGCUGGUCGCGCAUGACGCACUCGAGCGGGGACCGCGUGGCGCGCGGCGACUGCGUGCUGCUGCGCGCCUCCUCCGCGCGCGCGCAGCCCUUCGUGGCGCGCGUCGCCCGCCUCUGGGAGAACCCCGACGACGGUGAAAUGAUGGUGUCCCUCGUGUGGUACUACCGGCCGGAGCACACGCACGGCGGCCGGCAGCCGGACGACGCGCCGGACGAGGUGUUCGCGUCCCGGCACCGCGACGCCAACUCCGUCGCCUGCAUCGAGGACAAGUGCUACGUGCUCACCUUCAACGAGUACUGUCGAUACAGGAAGCGGCUAAAAGCUCUCGAGGAGGGCGUGACAGUGGCGCCAUCUAUCGUGCCACCCAUGCCGGCGGCGGACAUCACCCCGGCCGUGGCCACCAACGACUCCAAGCUGCCGCCCACGGUCUCCCCAGAGCUCGUGCUCUUCUGCCGCAAGAUCUACGACUUCCGCUCCAAGAAGAUCCAGGUCCCCAACAAGUGAAAACACCAAAGUUAAUUUAGGACUCCCUCGUAGACCCUAAUACUAGUACAAAACGUUCCCGGUGCAAAUAGUAGUAUCGCCAUUUUUGUAUGAUUAUUCGUGCGCCGUUCCCCUGUGUUGCUAUGUGACGUGAUUUGGCGUAUCGCUACUUAUGUUGAUUUCGUUACGUUGAAGAAGUAUCAAGUGAUGCCUUUUAUAAUGUGUAAGUAGGUUGUAAGUGACGGACGGUUUGUGUAGUGAUAUAGUCGCACCAAUAAAAGUCUGCAGCGGAUUUGAUAGCCCACGCAGUGUAAAUGUUAUUUAUACGUCAUAAUUUCAUAGAAGUUUGACGUUUAAAAUGACACUAUCACUGCGUGGGCUAUCAAAAUCGCUGCAGACUUUUUACGGUCUAACUAUAGCGACGUAUUAUGUUUAAUUUGCUUAGAGUGCGCUGCGUCCUAUUUAAUGUAUAAUUUCUGUAGGAACUGAGUGUAAAAUUUAAUCUAUUUUCUCGUAGAUGAUUGGAUUACGGCUAACGAUAAGUUUCGAUUAGGCUGGAUGUAAAAGGCAUUUAUAAUUACUUUUAAUUUACCUUAUUGUUACAUUGUUGUCAAUGUAGAGUCUAUAUUAAAUUAUUAUUUUUAGUUAAGCAUAUUAUUUUAAAUCAGUGCAAGGCCUGGUCAGCCACCGGCCGAGGAUCUCCCAGUUUUCUGUUUACGUUCCUUCACGUUCAAAUCAUUACCAUAUUUACAAUUUUUUACGAAGCCAUCAAAUGAAAAAAUAUUGUGUGAUAAAUUUUGAAUCAUUGUAUGUAUCUAUUAUUAUGUGAAAUAAAAUCAUUAUCGAUUUUUUAUUAUGUAAUACAAUCAAUUGCUGACAAAUGAAAGCUUGUAGUGAUCACUCUCUGUGACGCAUACAUCGCACACUGCUGAUUAUUCACAGCUGGCGUCGCAUACAUUAUUAUGAAUCUUAACGUCAUGUCGUAAGGUCUGUUUUAGACUGUUUUUUGGAAUUUACAAGAUCUUAAAGAAUUGGAACGAUUGUUCUCAGUGUGCGAAGUAAAGCGAGUGCGUGAAUGUAUCUUCACCUAUGUAUACAAUAUAUCAGUCGUAGUUUUGAACAUAUACAUGUAUUUAGUAGAUAUUUCUAUUAAAUAUAUAUGUGGAGUGCUCUGCCUUGGAAGGAAUUGAUUUAUAUACUGCAUUUUGGCUCUCUGUACGAUUUCGGUUUUCCCAUUUCUUUACGAAGACUGAGCGAGGCGAGUGUCUCACGCCGUCAAUUGAAUCGAAAUUCAAAAAUGUUACAAUUUCGUUUCGCGCAAUUUUUCAUCCAGUAAUAAACAUAAAAAUGAAAAUAACAAGUGGGAACAUUGUAACAUAUUUUAAAUGUAAUGUUAGAGCGUUAGUGUAUCGGUCGCUGAGAAAAGAGAUAUAUGUGCGACUGUAAUAGUGAAAUCUCUUUAUCAUUAGAGACAUAAUUUUUAAGUAGCGCAGUACAUAAAGUAAAAAAAAAGUAUAUUUAACGUUAUAACUCCCGCGUGGAAGUUCGUCAAAGGGCAUUUAAACGUUUGCAACUUCUGUAGGUACUUACUUCCUUCGCUGAGUCUGGCCACCAAAAGUUACACCAUAAAAACAUCACACAAAAAGGUGUACAGUACACUUAUGUGACGUUCUAUGAAAAGGGACCUUAUUGUCGAUGGCGCUUACGCAAUUAUUAUCGAUGGUCCGAUAUAAAUACAAUGCCGCGCGACGCUGUGCGGCGUAAGCGCCAUUGACAAUAAUCCCUUUUCAUAGAUAAAUUCCCAUAUGUUUGCUAUGGUACAACUUUCGUGGGCCACACUACUAUCCUUGACAUUUAAGUUGAUGUUGUUUUUGUAAAUACGACUUUGUUAUUCCUCGCAAAAUUUAUUAUUCCGGCGGAGAAUCUAAUUCGAAUUAAGAUGAUAAUUGUUACAUAUAACAUCAUCACCGCCGGUAUUCCAAAGCAUUAGUUCUAUGUCUAUUUUCUUUUUUUCAUUGCUUCAUGCCAAAAAAUUAGCUGCAAACAUAAUUGUUCAGUAAUAUGAUACCAAUCUCGUCUACUUAGGUUACAAGAAUGUUAGCAGAGACUGCGACUUCCCCACUGAACAUUUCUUUUGGCGUGACAUUUUACCAAUGUCUUGGACAUGGCGGUUUAUAACUGAAAAAAAUUGAUAUUACAUCCAUCUAUAGAUGAAUAUCAAUGUCUUAAAACUUUACACAUUCAUUGCCAGUAACCCGCGAGUUCUCCGUUUGUAAGCGCUUUUCGCUACAUACGGGUUUUCCCGUGGUAUCGCUCGGCUAUAUUAUACCUACGCUCUUAGCGAGUAGCUGACGCCGGCACUAAAUGUGUUAAAAGUCGCCUUCCCUGUGUACACAUAAGACUCAAAAUCGUUUUAACCGCCAUGUCCUUGUUACCAUAACGACUAUACUAUAAGAAAGUACGCCAUUCUUCUAUGUACGUAUUGAUUGAGCCUAAGUGAUGUAGUUAUACUGAAUCCCGUAGCUAGAUCAUAGCGCGUAAGGUGCCAACUGAGAACAGUAAUCGGACUUUUUAUUUAUUCCAUACAACUGGGAUUACUUCACAAUAAAGUCCAAAGAAACGGGUCAAUUUCAUGGAAUUAACGGGAGAUAGGAAUCUUGAAAUGAAACAAAAUUGUCCCCAGUUUUCGUAUGCAGACUCUGAUAACGUUAUUGUCUUCUCAUUAUUAAUUAAUUAGACUAAAUAAGUAAAUUCCAUAAUAAUUAACUACUAUAAGUGAGAACUCUCCCUUGCUUGUAGAACAUUUGUUACCCGUUCUCAAGAGUUGCAGUCAAUGAUUUUUUUUAGAAUUAGUUUUACUAAUAAGAAAAAAAACCUUGUUUUUAUUAUUUAAUUUAUUUGUUUCAAUGAAAAUUAUAUAGGUAUAUUUUUAUUAUUGUAAUCUACAUAGUUAUGUUGGCUGUAAUUUAAUAUUGAUGUAAUUAAUAUAUGUAUUUUUAUUUCAA